AUGGAUCUCUGGGGUUUAAAGCUUGUGACGGAAGAAGCUGGUGAUAAUGAUCUCUGUGAUGUGGGAGGUAUGGGAACAUCUGCUGGAGCUCACACCCAUCAUAACAUACGUGGUCAUAUCACAACCAAGAAUAACAGAGUUUGUGUGUAUAUAUGGGUAGAUGGGAAGAAGGAAGAAUUGCUAGAGGUGUGAUGGGUGGAAGUCGCCGGUGGUUUGGACGUAGAAGUUCAGUUACAGAGAGAGAGAGAGAGAGAGAGA